CGGUCGGUCAGUAUUGUGUAGCAUUCAAUAGUCGUCUUUAUUCAAAUUAAGUCAUAGAAAAAAUUCUAAUCUAAGUUUGAUUGAUAGCUCUUAGUUGACUUUGAAAUAUCAUCCGAACAAGUUCGUUACAAAAUUUCAAUAGAAUAUUUAGAAAACAUGGAUUUAAAUGGAAAGAAUGUCGUUUACGUCGGAGGCUGUGGAGGAAUAGGUUCCGAAACUUGCAAAAUUCUUGUUCAAAAGAAAGUUGCGAAUUUAGCAGUAUUGGAUGUUGUAGAAAAUGCUGCUUUAAUUAAACAAAUUGCAUCAAUUAACCCUUCUUCCAAGGUCUUCUUCAUGAAGAUAGACCUUUUAGAUCGAGAAAAUAUUGUCAAAGUUUUCGGUGAGGUUAUCUCUAAAAUGAAAACCAUCGAUGUUUUAGUCAAUGGAAGUGGAAUAUGCAACGAAUUUCGUGCAGAAAUGCCUAUCGGUGUUAAUUUGUUGGGAUUAAUAAAUAGUACCCAAAUUGCUGUAGAUUUGAUGACCAAGACACAGACUAAACGUGGAGGACUAAUUGUCAAUAUUGCUUCCACAGCUGGAUUAGAUCCAUUUCCAUUAGCUCCAGUUUAUGGUGCUACAAAAGCUGGUGUAGUUUCAUUUACUAGAGCAAUGGCUGAUGAAGUGAAUUUCUCUCGACAUGGUAUCUCAUUUAUUAACAUUUGUCCUGGUAUUACGACAACAACUUUCAUGAAUCAAUUUACCACCGAAAAAAACACUCCAAAUUCGAAGGCAACUCAAAAGGAAUUCGAUGAGGCUAAGAAUCAAACCCCACAAGAUUGUGCUAAGAAUAUUGUUGAAGCUAUUGAAAUAUGCAAGAAUGGUGCUUCGUAUUUGUGUGAUCUUGGUAAAAUGACAGAGGUGAAAUUUCCAGUCUUCUGGGACGUGCAAAAGUAGAACAAUGCAGAAUAUCAAAUUAAUAGAAAUGUAUGUUGUUUAUCUUUGUAUGAACAUCGAAAUUUUGUAUAUAGGCUAUUGAAUGUAACGGAAUUAAAGAGAUGGAAAAUAAAAUGGAGUUUAGUAA